AUGGCUUCAGACCCCGCAGUGCUCGGCAACCCCCUUCUCAAGACCCAGCACUUCAUUGGCGGCACGAGGUGGGAAAAGGUCUCAGACGACGAGAUGAUCGGCUACCACCAGCUGCGUGUGCCUCACCAGAGAUACACCGACGAGACCAUGUCCAAGGUGUUAGUCAAGGGCCAUGCUCACAGCUUCAACAUGCACUGGUACAAGAAGGUCGAUGGCGAGUGGAAGUUUGCGGGACUGAACCCAGAUAUCAGGUGGUUUGAGUACGACUUCGACAAGGUCUUUGCGGAGGGACGGGACUCGUUCGGCGAAGCUAAAGCGGCGAGCGGAAUCCCGACGGAGGCGUGA